UUUAGCUUUAAACUGCGCAAACGCAUGCUGUUAGAACAGUAUCAUUGAUUUGUCUUAAGUAUUAGAUAUUAAGUCUGUUAAAUAAUUGUAAUAUAAAGUUAUUAACCGAAAAUUAUAUAUUGAAAAGAAAUUUAAAAAGAAAUGUCACUUUGCUUCGUAUUUAUUUAAUAUUAUAUAUUUAAUAAAAUCAUUGCAACAUGUUGGUUACAAGUGCAAUCUCAAUAGGAAUUAAGUUCCGAACAGCAGUACUAACUCCAAGGUUAUGUACUUCAAUUAAAAUGUAUUCUACCUCAACUGGAUCAUCAUCCGGAUCAUCAUCCGGAUCAUCAUCUGGAUCAUCAUCUGGAUCAUCAUCCGAAUCAUCAUCCGAUUCAUCUGAUUCCGAUUCUGAUACAGAAAAUCCAAAGAAAAUUGAACCAGUUAAAACAGCUUCCGCAACAGAAUUGGAUAUGCUUGUAGAUAACUUAAUAUCGUUGAAAGAUAAAAAAAGAAUAGAUGUUUCAAUGCCUGCAAGAAAAAUAAUUAAACAGGAUAAACCACCUAUACAAAAAAAUGUAUCACAUGAAAAACAACUUUCACAAGCUGUCCAUAAUAUAACUGAUAAGCUUAGCAAAAAUAAAGAAGAAAUAAAAACACAAUUAUUAGAUAGGUUAACCAGUAUGUCCAAAAACAAUUCCAAAAUUCCUAUAAAUUUCAGUAAAAAUAUGGAAAACAUCGUAUUAAAUCGUAAGUCUUCAUUUUCUCAAGAAAGUGAAAAUGUUCCUAACGAUAAACAAUGGAAAUACAAAGCCGAUAUUGCACGUAAGUUAAAUUCUAAUUAUAAACUCAAGCAACAAGAAAAAAAGGAAGAAUCAGGUCAUAUUUGGGAAUUAUUGAAAAAUGAUAAAAACAAACAAAAUCAGGCUAGAAGGAAACAGAAAGAAACAAAAUUGAAAGCUGAUGAAAGUAGAAGAAGAAUUUUUAAUAAAAUAGAGGAACCUACGACAACUAUACCAGAAUUAUCUAUGUGGGAUUUCUUCGAGAAAAGAGAACUUGAUUUAAUUGUCGAUCAACCUUCCAAAAAUAUAUUUCAAGAAAUGAUACAGUGGACUGAAUCAGGAAAAUUAUGGAAAUUUCCUAUCGACAAUGAGAUUGGAAUGGAAGAAGAAAGUAAUGUGCACUUCACUGAACAUGUAUUUCUAGAACGUCAUUUAAAAGAUUGGUGUCCUACGACUGGCCCAAUACGUCAUUUUAUGGAACUUGUAUGUGUUGGUCUUUCAAAAAAUCCAUAUAUGACUGUACAAGAAAAAACUGAUCAUAUUGCAUGGUACAAAGAAUAUUUCAAAGAAAAAAAAGAAAUAUUAUUAGAAUUAGGUGCUAUUAAAACAACAUCCGAUACAACGAAACAAAUAACAUCUUAAAUAGUAAUAAAUUUAUGUAUCUUUAUCAAACAGUGAUAUUUUAUCUUUGUAUUAUAUAUGAUUUGCAUCUAUGCAUCUAGAUUAUACGCAUAUUUUAUAUUCUACUUUUUUCUUAUUUAUAAAUAUAUUCAAAAUUGACAUGAAAUAAAGAGAGUACGACUAAAUAAAUCAUUCAAUGUACGU